AAACUCUCCUCAUCAGCAACCUAUCGUUGUCGUCGACCACUGAUACACCGAGUCUCGUCGUUCUCCCCCUCUACAGUCUACACUCUACACCAUCAUGGGCGGGUUUCUAUACGAAUCGAAAUACACUUAAAAAGACUUGUUUCUUUGUCACUAUCGGAUUCCAUGUCGAUAUUUUGCAAAAGCACACUAGUUGUCUGUCUUCCUGUCACUCCAGAGGUGUUUUCUGGUUAAGAGGUCAGUUUUCCGGGUUCGCUUGCAAGUAAGGUACUUACUUAAUGUUACAGAGUUAUGAUAGUUUAUAAAACAUAGUCUUCACACAAACGUUCAAACGACUGUGUCCGUAAUAUGAGAUGGAAAUGUCGUCAUUAUAUUAUUACGUAUUAGUCAAUGACAAUUAGUAAUUACUCACACUGUACAAUACCAUGUAGUAUGUAGAACGCAGGUAAUGAUAUCAUGUUGACUGCCACAAAAUAUUAUGUUUCCGUUGUCGCCUGUCUGAUGAUGGGGAGCUUCAGUGGUAUCAUCGACCAAGUCAUGACUUCUUCGGCAGCCUACAAACCAGAAGCAGAAUCAUGCUGCCCGCCAGUGUCCCCAAGGCAAAACUCCAUACCGGUACACUACGUGGAGGGUACACACUAUGAAGUCGGAUACAGCAUUGGGAGAACUUUUGGAGGAAUGAUUAAAGAGUUUAUAAGUGAGUACAAGCCACUCCAAGAAGAAUAUUUGAAAUUGUAUGCCCAACCAAAAGGUCGACAGAUUUAUGAAGAAAGUUUGAAUGCUACCAGAAAAUAUUUCCCUCAAUACGUGAUUGAAUUGAAAGGCGUUGCUGGUGGAGCGGGAGUACCGUUUUUUAAGUUGUUCCUAAUGGCCUUAGACGAUACACUACCAAGGAAUAUGAACGUAUCGAGUAAAGACAGAGGGGCUGUAGGAUGUACUUCAAUUUUUGUCAAUCAGCCAAAUGUACAGUUGUUAGGACACACAGAGGACGCAGUGUCCGAGUCGCUCAACAACUAUUACAUCGUGGCCGCUCACGUCAAGCCCGGAAAAGCCGAAUGUGGUGGAAUAUUUGCGCCCAGAGAGGAGAAGUUCGAAGCGGUCACGUACGCCGGACACUUGUCGGGAUAUGCCAGUGGUCAUAACCAUCAUGGCCUAGUGUUCUCUAUCGACACGUUAUACCUCAGCAAGCCCUUGAGGGGCAAGAUUCCCCGGGAGUUCAUAACGAGAGCUCUAUUGUCCGCAGAGGCCAACAUGAACGAUAUCCUGAAAGUGUUGAUCAACGAAGGUGGGGGCACGGCUGAUGGGUUUAGUGUCAAUAUAGGUUUCGUGAACGAGCCCAAAGAGUCUAGGGUGUUUCACACUGUCGAAGUCACCCCGAAAAUGGAUAGUCCCAGAUCGGCAGUGUACGUGUCAGACUUCGGCAUCGGAAUGAAUUCGUUGCACACUAACAUACAACUCCAUUUGAAGUAUCCUGAACUAUCAGACUCAGCUGGGGUCACCAGUAGUGUUGCUAGAGAAAAGCGGUACAAACUAUUGACGGCAAACGGGCCGGUCACCAACCUGAAAGAGUUGUUAACAAUAUAUGGAAACAGGGAAGAUCAACCUUGGCCAAUAUUUAGUGACGCACCCAACGCCAGCGAGAAAACAAUAAACUUCGGGGUUUUCGACUUCAAUAAGAAAACGUGGACCAUGUGGACCAGUAAUCCAGUGGACUACCCACCUCUAUUGCAGUUACCACUAACAUUCGAGGACUUCAUUAGCCCUUGAACAGCUGAGCUUACCAAUCUUACUAAUGGGGUGAAUGUCCUUGGUAUAAAUUUACUUAAACAUUAACAUAGUUGUAAUGUCUUAAGUCUUGCCGUGUAUUUAAAAAAAUAAUAUUUUAUUGUUAAAACUGUUAACACAUGAACUGUCAGAUAAUUUUUUUUAUCAAUGAGUUGUUAGAAAAAUUAAUUAAGAAUACUAUAAUUAGUUUUCCAAUUUGAAAAUUGUUUGAAUUUUAUAUUCACAGAAAAGUGGUCAACUUUAUAAGAACCCUAAACGAAAAAAAAUGUACACCCCCCCCCCUCAAAAAAGUUUAUGAUUUGUUAUCAAUUUAAAGUUGAAAUAUCAUUAAUAUUACAUUAUAUAUCAUAAUAAAACUAAAUGUUUUUUCCUUGCCUUUAUGGUUCUGCUAUACCUACAUGGAUAACAAAAAAAUUAAAAGAGAUAGCGAUCUAUACUCUAAUAUACAACCUAGUAUCUCUUCUGUUAGUUCGUUAAAAUAAAAAAAUAUACCUAUCAAAUUCAGGUGCUUUCCUUUAAACUUAAGAUGUAUUUAUAAUAAAAGUAUUAAAUAAAUUUAUUUUUUUACUUAAUCUGUUCUCUUGCAAUAUGGGUAAGUAAUAGAUAUUUUAUCAAUACAUUUUUAUUAUGCUUACACAAUGUUUUUUUUUUUUUAUGAAUGUAUCGGAUACAUGACAAAUAAAUUGGAACUUACUUGUGCAAUGUGUAUACUUCACAAUCGUCAUAUUUUUGUUUCUCGUAUCUUGAGGAGCUUAUUUAAGAAUAAACUAGUUCUAAUAGUAAAAUUGAACUGAAUUCACAAUCUCGUUCAUUUUCUCUAAAUUGCUUAUAUACCUAUAUAAUAUAUGGUGUUGUUUUUUUUUAUAAAAUGAAUUAGCUUUUCUCUGUCUUAAUAGUUCUAUUAUAUGACUUAAUCAUACCACGUGUUACUCUAUGUUAGGAUGAAGUUAACGCUUAAAUAAUUUCAAUUCAAAGGAAACUCAUACAGUAUUUAAAGAUAUAAAAACCUUGUGUUAAAAUUUUAAUUUAAUUAAUAUUAAAAUUACAAGUUUAUACUUUUUAUUCAUAAUGAACCCUUUGUGGUAUUGCAGUAUUGCAUUCCACAUUAUGUGUUUAUCAAAAAAAAAAAAAGUGGUUGUCUUACAAAAUAUGUAUUGAUUAGGCUCAGAUUAAUAUGAAUACAUUUGGACAAACAAUAGAACAUUGGACAUUUUUAACUUUAAUUUUACUACAUAUAAUAAAACUUAAUAUGAACAUGAAAUGUAGUAUUAUUAAUUAUAAUGAAUCCAAAAUAAUAAAUAUAUUUUUUUAAUAGUUAAGACAAAAAAAAGAAAUUGUAAUACAUAAUUAUUAACUUAAAAGAACUUAUGUGAAGCAAAAUUAACUUCUAAAGUAGAGAUCAGGUUCAUAAAGAUAUGAACAAAAUUUAAAAUACUUAGUUGAUUCAAAAAAAAAAAAUAGGAAAAUUAAUUUUCUUUCAUACAUUUUGAACUUUGACAGAUUUCAUUUAAACGUAUUCUUCCGUGGUCUAUUUAUUUUCAAUAUUUUUUAAUUAUAUGCUUGCAAGCAGUUCUUUAAGUUAAAAAAAA